AUGGUCAACGGUAACGCCGUCGCCUACAAUGUCGCCACCUUUAUCAGUACUCUAUUCCUGCUUGAAUUUGGCGCCGAUAGAUUUGUCGACCACACUGCUAUCGUUGCCUGCCGGACGGGAAUUCCAGACACGGUAAUUGCGCUGCCUACCGCCGGCGCAGAAUGGGAAGAGCUCGUCGUCGUCAUUGCCUCCCUUGUCCAGGGCCGGCCCUCGUUAGCAGUAGGGAACAUCAUCGGGUCAGCUAUCUCGAACAUCCUUGGCGCCUUUUCGCUCGGGCUCUUAUUCCGUCCUAGGGGCUCGCACGUCAAAUUUGACAGGAGCUCUCGGAUGUACUCGCUCUUCUUGCUUAUUAUCACCACCUUUGUCACGCCGAUCACCUACUUCUCUCACAGGAUUAUCUGGCUGGUUUGUGGUUCUAUCCUGAUUGCGCUCUUUGCGAUCUACCUGGUCUCCAUAGGCUGGGCCAUUAGCCGGGGAAGGCUCACCGCGCCGGAAGUUUCGGACGAUGACAGCAGCGAUGACGAAAGCGACGCGUCGUCGACAAGAUCGACGAGGUCUGCCAGCAGUCGCCGGCGCGAAGCACAGGCGAGCCAAGAGGAGCCUGAGAAUAAUAACGAACUGGGCCAGCAAGUAAGCGGCGGUCCCGAGGUCGCCACAAAUGUGUCAAACUGCCGCAGACGACGAGGCCUGGGAUACCAUAUCGGGUUCCUGGUGCUCGGCUUCUUAGCCAUCUGCCUGGCCGGCUAUGUCCUCUCGCACGCCGCCAUCAAUAUCACGGACGCCAUUGGCAUCUCCGACGUGCUGUUCGGUAUUAUUAUCCUUGCCGUCGCAACCACCCUGCCUGAGAAAUUUGUCGCUGUCCUGAGCGGGAACCGGGGCCACAUAGGGAUUCUUGUGGCUAAUACCGUUGGGAGCAAUGUCUUCCUCCUGUCGCUCUGCCUGGGCAUUGUUAUGAUCGCUAUCUCGGGGGACUUUAAUAGGGGUAACGUCAAUAUCCCUGAGUUAUGUAUCCUCUGGGGCUCUACUCUUGCGCUCACAAUAGCCGUUUGGUACGGUGAAAGGUUUGAUCGUUGGAUUGGAGGAACUAUGUUGCUCGGUUACAUUACUUUCAUGGCCUUGGAGUUCACAGUCAUUCACAAUGUGGCCGAUUCGUCAUAG